GCUUCAUUUUGCCAUCACUAGCUAACGGUGGUAGCAGCUAACGGUUCUAACAGCUUAUGGUGCUAAAAGCCAAGACACUCAUGUACAGUAGGUGGCGGUAUGCACCUUUCAAGUUGUUUGCAAUCCACCAAAAACGAGAGAAGAAGAAGAUGCACCUUUAAAAUUCUUUGCAAUCCGCCAAAAAACCGAGAGACGAAGGUGAAGACGAAGUGAGUGGAUUAAACACCUACAGAGGUUUCAUUAAGUGUAUUUACACCUGUUAGCUUAGCUUACAGUUCAUCACGAAUCAGAAGUUAUCUUAUUCAACACAACAGCUGUAAUCUUGGAAGAAAGAAACUCACAAAAAAACUUAAAAUGUGCGCCAAAAAUAGUCUCAAAUUAUCUUUAAAUAAAGUCUAAAAGCCAUCGGCUAACAGCUAAAGUCUACAAGCUAUCGGCUAACAGCUAACAGCUAUCAGCUAACAGCUACAGUUAUUAUUCCAGUUCGGCUCUGGCAUCACAUUGACUAAAUGGAUCAAUUUAAGAAGAAAGAGACCCCUGGAGCUCAGAAACCGAAAGGAAAAGAGAGACGUCACAGCUGUCAGCAAUGUGACAAAUCCUUUACAACAACUGGAAAUUUAAAGAGCCACCUGCUUAUUCACACAGGAGAAAAACCGUUCAGCUGUGAAGAGUGUGGGACAACUUUCGCUCAAUCAAGUCAUCUCAAAAGACAUCAACGUAUUCAUACAGGAGAAAAACCGUUCAGCUGUGAAGAGUGUGGGACAACUUUCGCUCAAUCAAGUCAUCUCAAAUCACAUCAACGUAUUCAUACAGGAGAAAAACCGUUCAGCUGUGAAGAGUGUGGGACAACUUUCACUCAAUCAGGUGCUCUCAUAUCACAUCAACGUAUUCAUACAGGAGAAAAACCGUUCAGCUGUGAAGAGUGUGGGACAACUUUCGCUCAAUCAAGUCAUCUCAAAUCACAUCAACGUAUUCAUACAGGAGAAAAACCGUUCAGCUGUGAAGAGUGUGGGACAACUUUCACUCAAUCAAGUCAUCUCAAAAGACAUCAACGUAUUCAUACAGGAGAAAAACCUUUCAGCUGUGAAGAGUGUGGGACAACUUUCGCUAGAUCAGGUGCUCUCAUAUCACAUCACCGUAUUCAUACAGGAGAAAAACCGUACAGCUGUGAAGAGUGUGGGAAAACUUUCGCUCAAUUAGGUGUUCUCAUAUCACAUCACCGUAUUCAUACAGGAGAAAAACCGUUCAGCUGUGAAGAGUGUGGGAAAACUUUCACUACAUCAGGUGCUCUCAAAAUACAUCACCGUAUUCAUACAGGAGAAAAACCGUACUGGUGUGAAGAGUGUGGGAAAACUUUCACUCAAUUAGGUGCUCUCAAAAUCCAUCAACGUAUUCACGCAGGAGAAAAACCAUAGUGGU